AAUGAAUCUAUGGUGAGGCUUUUGGUCGGGAUGGGUGCAAACAUCGAAGCUCCGUCUUCUUCUACUUCAGAUACUACGCCCCUUAUGGGGGCUGUAUGUCGGAACAAUAAGGCUUUGGUGAGAUUGCUUGUUGAGCUAGGUGCUGAUUUGCAGGCCUCACACGUUGUUUCUAAGACGCCCUUGAUCAAUGCUGCCCGCAGCGGCCAAGAUGAUAUGGCGAGACUUCUCAUCAGCUUGGGUGCUCAUGUUGAUGGCAGAGAUGUCUGUGGCAUGACACCACUCAUGUGGGCGAUCGUGGAGAAAAAGGACAAUAUGACGAAACUGCUUCUGUGGCUGGGUGCUGAUGUAGAAGCCAAAGACGGGAUUGAUCGCAAGACAGCCCUCUCGUGGGCUAUUCAGAAAGAGCAAGAAGCUAUAGCCGAACUACUGCUUGAUCACGGCGCUCACAUUGAGAUUGAAGACUCUUUGUGGGAUACGCCAGUCAUGAGGGCUAUCGCAAGCAGACGAAAGAAUGUGGCGGAGCUGCUCCUUCAGCGCAAUGCUAGCCUUUGGAGG